CCCCUUGUCACGGUCACGAUAAGUCACACGCAUGCUGCAGUGUGACAAGCGCUCUGAGAAUCACAAGCCUCAUCCCCAAAAGGUCGAGAAAUUAUUGCUGGCUGAAAACGUGUCAUCGUUGCCCACCAUCGUCAUUGUUCUUGUUUUCCUCGCGGUUGUGGAGGUGUGUUGAGAGAUGGCUAGCUUGUUCUCCGCUAUUGACUGGUCCAAGCAAUCGCUUUGGAUAUCUGUCUUCUCCAUCGCGUUCAACCCAACCGCUUGGAAUAUCGUGGCGAGGAAUGAGUACCGGAACAAGACAAUUACACGUCUAUUUGGUGGGAACGCGAGAUAUGGCUGUUACUUCCUUGCUAUCUGCAUCUUCUUUGCAGGUAUCAUUCGUGAUACCUUGUACGAGCGUGCCCUGAACGAACAGCCAAGGCAACAGAUCCUCCCCCAGCCCUACGCUACCGUCGUACCAGCAAUCCUCUUUCUUCUAGGUCAAACAUUCGUGCUUACCUCAACAUGGGCUUUGGGCGUCACCGGAACGUUCCUUGGAGAUUAUUUUGGUAUCCUUAUGGACCAUCGGGUUGAAGGGUUCCCAUUCAAUGUCCUGAGGGACCCGAUGUACGUGGGCAGUACCAUGUGCUUUGCCGCUGGUGCACUAUGGUAUGAGCGACCUGUGGGAUUGCUUAUCACCCUUUACGUGUAUAUCGUAUACGUUAUUGCUCUCCGCUUCGAAGGUCCUUUCACGGACAUGAUCUACUCAAAACGUGCUGCUCAAACUUCCGAGUCGAAGAAGGAGCUAUGAAAUCUCUUUCGUGUCCUCAGCUCGUUCACCCCCCUCAACCACUGACAUUCAAAACACUCAUGCCUAGAACGAUCUUGAUGAUCCUCACGCACAUCACACAGACUCUCAUCAGUCCACACACCCAUAGAGACUACCACCCACACUAUCACUAGUACCGAGUAUAUUAGAGGUUUCAACUCCAUCUAAUAUGUAUAUAUUCUAGAAAUUGUAGAGUGGUGUGUAUGGUAUUCAUUUGAUUUGACCCG